UUCGGCCUCGGCGCUCCCCGCCGUGUCCACUAGAGGGCGUCGGAGUCAGUGUUUUGAUAGACGUGUAGGAAGAAGGUGGACGCCAGCCGUGCGCGAAAUCUGCUCAGGUCUACAGGAGCCGGUUGAAUUUAUAUUUUACGAACCAAAAUGACGACUGCACCAUAUAAUUAUUCCUAUAUCUUCAAAUAUAUCAUUAUUGGUGAUAUGGGGGUUGGAAAGUCUUGUUUGCUUCACCAGUUUACAGAAAAGAAAUUCAUGGCGGACUGCCCUCACACGAUCGGGGUGGAGUUUGGCACACGGAUAAUCGAGGUGAGCGGGCAGAAGGUGAAGCUGCAGAUCUGGGACACGGCGGGUCAGGAGCGAUUCCGCGCAGUCACUCGCAGCUACUACAGAGGAGCCGCCGGGGCUCUCAUGGUGUACGACAUCACCAGGCGAAGCACGUACAACCACCUGAGCAGCUGGCUGACUGACGCGAGGAAUCUCACCAACCCGAAUACAGUGAUUAUUCUCAUCGGUAACAAAGCUGACCUCGAAGCUCAGCGAGAUGUUACAUACGAAGAGGCCAAGCAGUUCGCUGAAGAGAACGGCCUGUUGUUUCUGGAGGCAAGUGCCAAAACAGGUGAGAAUGUUGAAGACGCGUUCCUGGAGGCAGCUAAGAAAAUCUACCAGAACAUUCAGGAUGGCAGUCUGGACCUGAACGCUGCCGAGUCAGGAGUCCAGCACAAGCCCAAUGCUCCACAAGGCGGCCGACUGUCCAGCGAUACACAGCCUCAGAAAGAGGGCUGCAGCUGUUAAUGACCAUGGAGACUACUACUUGUGUCUCUCGUUCCAUAUCUCCCCUCUAAACCCACACCACAGCCCCUCUCUCUCUCGCGCUCUUUCUCUUUCUUUCUCUCUAUGAUCUGUAUGCUCUUACCCAUUCUGAUUGGCCAUGAGAUUAGAGUUUGGGGCUGGGCAGCUCUGAAUGAUGGAGAGCAAGCAUUCAUCAGCUUCUGCCAUGUUCAUCCCUGUCCCUCUCUCUCUUCUCCCUUCCCUCUUUUCUCCAUUCUCGCUCAUUUUUAUCUGUUCAUAACGCACACAUCCCAGUGCACUCAGCAAACAUUCACAGGAGGACGAAGCCUUCCACCGAACACUAAUGUAGAUGGGGGAAAAAACAAAACCAAUACUGAGUUUAUCAACAAACGGGUUGAUGUGCAUAACUGUAAAUGAGACAUCUUGUGUACAGGAGCUGUUUAAAUAGUGGGGUAAUUUAAAUCAAAUGAAAUUUUGAUAUGCGUUCUUCUCGUUUAAUAGGAAAUGAAGUCGACGUUUAGGCAGAAUCUGAUUUUAGAAUGUGCUUAAGAGAAAAUGCAUGAUGAAUUGUUAUUGUACAUUUUGUUAAAAAAAACAAAAACUCUGUUUUAAUUAGGAUUAAUGCAAUGUCACAAGUAACCAGUCACCACAUGUUCAUCCUUGUUUCUACCUACUCGAGACAUAAUAAUAACUAUAUACAAGCACUAUACAGGACGAGUAUUGUUAAAUGAAAGCGCCAUUGUAAAAAUUCUGGGGGUUUUUUUGGGGGGGAGAGAGGGUUGGGCUGCUUUAUGUUUUAAGACCUAGAACAUUAAGAGUAAUAUAUUAAACAGGACACACAUUUGAGUCUGUAAAAACAUUUUUUUUUGCACUUUGUAGCUUGUUUUUCAGUGGCCUAGACCUUGUUUUAUUAUCUUUAUAGUCUUAAACGCUCAACCUGCGAAGCGUCCAGUGUACUAUAGAGUUCAGCAUUUGUUGGUCCUUGACAUAUUCAACAUCCCUGAUUUAUUUUUUUCCUUCCCAUCAUUAUUAAUGUUAAAAAAACAAAACAGACCAGCACUAUCUAACCCUGUUAAGGAAAUAAACCUCUAUGUAGUCAAAAAAAAAAAGUGUAAUUAUACUUCAUAUCGACGUAUAUUUUCAGAUCCAGUUUCUGUUGCCUUAUGAUUUUGUUUGUUCUCAUGUCCUCUUUCUGUAAAUCUUGGUCAUUACUAAAACAAGUCACUUGAACUUAAUGCUCAAGCAGGCACUAAUAUUAGGCUUUUCCACCCUUUCGGAAGCAUUCCUUUUUUGUGUGUGUGUGUGUGUGUGUGUAUAUAUAACAUUUUUUUACACUGAAUCUAAGAGUUAUAAACUGGAUUUGUGGUGUAAUGAACUGACUCUUGGUUCAGCUUUAGUUUAAACUAAUUGCAUUUUGGCAAAAGCGGCUCACAAACUAAUCUUAAAGGCAUCCGAUGAAAUUUUAAGUAAAACAUACUGCCCUUAAACUAAGGAAUGCAACACCGACCUGUUUCACAUUAGCAGUCGUUGACGAAAAAGGCAAAAGGAUUUAGCAGUUCCACAAAAUGAUCCGUGUGUUGAAGUGAGAUUGUAAAGGAGUACGUGUGAAUUGUUUUGUAAAUGAAAAUCCCCUUUUUUCUGUUAUGAAAAACCCGUUCUCUUGCUUUCCUCCAUCAUGUCUCAUUGACCUCUUAAAAAAAAAAAAAAAAAAAAAAAAAAAAAGCGUAUUUAACCUUCUGCUCUGAAACUCUGAGGUAUGUCUUCUAUCAGUGGCGUUUGUAAUUAUGUUAAUAAAGACAAUGCUGUAGACUGUC